GUGGCCACCUAAUCUGUCAGGAAGGACCCUCCCACUCCCCAGCGGAUCAUGAAUGCAGGAAGCUACGGAGCCGGCUUCGGCUUGAGGAUGUGGCUUCUGUCUGCCCUGCUGCUGUCGCUGCUUUCUGCAGUAUCCGGGGGUGCGGACUCCAAGGCUGUCACCACCACCCUCACAACCAAAUGGGCAGAUACCCCUCUGCUGCUGGAGGCCAGUGAGUUCCUGGCAGAGGAGAGCCAGGAGAAGUUCUGGGACUUUGUGGAGGCUAAUCGGAACAUAAAAGGAGAGCAUGAUGACACAGAUCAGGCCUACUAUGACCUGAUUGUGAAGAAAGCCAGUGCCUUGCUCAGCUCCGUCCAGGUGAACAUGCUCAAGUUCGCCCUCUCCCUGAGAGCCUACUCUGCAACAGUGUACUCCUUCCAACAGAUAGCGUCCAAUGAGCCUCCUCCCUCUGGCUGCUCAGCAUUUUUCAGCGUCCACGGAGAAAAGACGUGUAAUGAAGAAAGUUUAGAAGCGCUGCUGAAAACAGCAGCUGAGAGACCAAAGCCAUACCUUUUCAAAGGUGAUCACAAAUACCCAGGAUCAAAUCCAGAUGCUCCUGUUGUCAUCCUGUACGCCGAGUUUGGGAAACCGGAUUUCGACAGGCUCCACCAAGUCAUAUCAUCCAAAGUCUACGAUGGCCUGGCGACUUACGUGCUCCGCCAUUAUGUGGCGGAUCCAAGUGGAAAGAAAGUCUAUCUGUCGGGGUAUGGAGUGGAGCUGGCCAUCAAAAGCCAGGAGUACAAGGCAAAGGACGACACACAAGUCCAAGGGGCGGAGGUGAACGCUACAGUGAUCGGGGAGAACGAUCCAGUGGACGAGGUCCAGGGAUUCCUUUUUGGCAAACUGAAGGCCGUCUACCCAGAGCUGAAAGAGCAGUUACAGGAGUUAAGGAAACAUUUGGUAGAAAGCACCAAUGAAAUGGCCCCUCUGAAAGUCUGGCAAAUGCAAGAUCUGAGUUUCCAGACAGCAGCUCGCAUUCUUGCUGCUCCCGCUGUUGAUGCCCUCAACGUUAUGAAAGACCUCAGUCAGAACUUCCCCACCAAAGCCAGGUCCAUCACUAAAACUGUGGUCAACUCUGAGAUCCGCAAAGAGAUCGGAGAGAACCAAAAGUUUUUCAAAGGAACUCUGGGCCUGCAGCCCGGGGAUUCAGCCCUGUUCAUCAACGGGCUGCAUAUAGAUCUGGACACACAAGACAUCUUCAGUGUGUUUGAGGUGCUGCGCAGUGAGGCAAGGGUGAUGGAGGGCCUGCGCUCCCUGCAUAUCGACACGCCCUACAUCCAUGACAUCCUGAAACUCAACGUCCAGCCCUCUGACUCUGACUACGCUGUCGACAUCCGCAACCCUGCAAUCAGUUGGAUUAACAACUUGGAGACGGACCACAGGUACAGCUCGUGGCCUUACAACGUGCAGGAGCUGCUCAGGCCGACCUUCCCCGGAGUCAUCAGGCAGAUCCGCAAGAACUUCCACAAUCUGGUGAUCAUUCUGGAUCCAACUCAGGAGCACGCCGCUGAGCUGCUGAGUGUUGCAGAGAUGUUUUACGCUAACAACAUCCCACUCAGGAUAGGGCUGGUGUUUGUGGUGUCAGACGAAGAUGACAUAGACGGCAUGCAGGAUGCAGGUGUGGCGCUGGUCCGGGCGUACAACUACAUCAGUGACGAGGUGGACAGUCAGAGCGCGUUUGAAGCUGUUAUCUUGAUGUUCAACAGGGUGCCCAUUGGUGGGAAGUUGAGUGUUGGUGACGUGGUGAAGGUGCUGGAGAAGAGGUUCCCCUACGUGGAGGUCAGCAGCGUCUUAGGAGCUGACUCCAGCUACGACAGCAACAGGAAGGAAGGGCGAGCGUACUAUCAGCAGACGGGGGUCGGCCCGCUGCCUGUGGUCAUGUACAACGGCAUACCUUACCAGCGUGAGCAGCUGGACCCGGACGAACUGGAAACGGUCACCAUGCAGAAGAUCCUGGAGACCACCACCUUCUACCAGAGAGCCGUCUACCUGGGUGAGCUGGCCACGGAUCACGACGUCGUGGACUUCAUCAUGAAUCAGCCCAACGUUGUUCCUCGCAUCAACCCCAGAGUGCUGUCCACCAGCAGAACAUACCUGGAUCUGUCUGAUACCAACAACUUCUUUAUUGAUGAUUACGCUCGCUUCUCGACUCUUGACACCAAAGAGAAGAGCACCGCUGUGGCCAACAGCAUCAACUACAUGACGAAGAAAGGGAUGACCUCCACCAACAGGCAUGAUGAUGGCUACAUCCGUCCAGUGACCUUCUGGGUGGUCGGAGACUUUGACAAGCCCUCAGGACGUCAGCUUCUUUAUGAUGCCAUCAGGCACAUGAAAACCAGCAACAAUGUCCGACUGGGGAUGAUCAACAACCCAACGGCCACUCCCUCUGCCGAGACAAGCCGCGUGGCCAGAGCGAUCUGGGCCGCCAUGCAGACGCAAUCUGCCAACAACGCCAAGAACUUCAUCACCAAGAUGGCUAAAGAGGAGACAGCUGCAGCCCUGGAGAAAGGAGUCGACAUCGGGGAUUUUGCUGUCGGGGGUAUGGAUGUGUCAUUGUUCAAGGAUGCAUACGAUGGUCCCAAAUUUGACUUCCUGCUCUCCCACGCUGCCUACUGCCGAGACGUGCUCAAACUGAAGAAAGGACAGAAAGCAGUCAUCAGCAACGGAAGGAUCAUAGGUCCACUGGAGGAGGAUGAGGUGUUUAACCAGGAUGACUUCCUGCUUUUGGAGAGCAUCAUCCUGAAAACGUCUGGAGAGCGAAUCAAAAGCAAAGUCCAACAGUUUGGGAUUGAGGAGGACAGGGCUAGCGACCUCGUGAUGAAGGUGGAUGCUCUGCUCUCCUCUCAGCCCAAGGGAGAGGCCCGGGUAGAAUAUGACUUUGCAGAUGACCGCUACAGUGCUGUGAAGAUCCGCCCGAAGGAGGGAGAUGUGUACUUUGAUGUUGUUGCGGUGGUGGAUCCUGUAACCAGGGACGCACAGAAACUAGCUCCUCUCCUGCUGGUUCUGAAGCAGCUGGUAAACGUCAACUUACGGGUCUUCAUGAACUGCCAAUCCAAACUGUCAGAAAUGCCUCUCAAGAGUUUUUACCGUCAUGUGUUGGAGCCAGAGGUGGCGUUUCAGGCUGACGGUAGUUUUUCUCCAGGCCCCAUGGCCAAGUUCCUUGACAUGCCUCAGUCUCCACUCUUCACCCUGAACCUCAACACUCCUGAGAGCUGGAUGGUGGAGUCUGUGCACACCCGCUAUGACCUGGACAACAUUUACCUGGAGGAGGUGGAGAAUAUUGUAGCAGCAGAGUACGAGUUGGAGCACCUUUUGUUGGAAGGCCAUUGUUUUGACGUCAGUUCAGGCCAGCCACCACGUGGCCUCCAGUUCACCCUGGGAACCGCCUCCAACCCUGUCAUUGUGGACACAAUUGUCAUGGCGAACCUGGGUUACUUCCAGCUGAAGGCAAACCCAGGCGCCUGGAUCCUGAAGAUGAGGAAAGGACGCUCCGAUGACAUCUACAAGAUUUACAGCCACGACGGCACAGACUCUCCAGCAGACUCUGAUGACAUCAUCGUCGUGCUGAACAACUUCAAGAGCAGGAUCAUAAAAGUCAAGGUCCAGAAGAAACCAGACAAGUUCAACGAGGAGCUGCUGAGUGACGGGACCGAGGAAAACGACACUGGCUUCUGGAACUCUCUGACCAGAGGAUUCACAGGUGGAGGAAAGGCCGAAGAGCCAAAGCAGGAGAAGGACGACGUGAUCAACAUCUUCUCUGUGGCCUCGGGGCAUCUGUAUGAGCGGUUCCUCAGGAUUAUGAUGCUGUCAGUUCUGAAAAACACAAAAACUCCUGUCAAGUUCUGGUUCCUCAAGAACUACCUGUCCCCGACGUUCAAGGAGUUCAUCCCCCACAUGGCAAAGCAAUAUGGUUUCCAGUACGAACUGGUCCAGUACAAGUGGCCUCGCUGGUUACACCAACAGACCGAGAAGCAGCGGAUCAUCUGGGGCUACAAGAUCCUGUUCCUGGACGUCCUGUUUCCUCUCGCUGUCGACAAGAUCCUGUUUGUGGACGCUGACCAGAUCGUGCGAACAGACCUAAAGGAGCUGCGUGACUUCGACCUGGAGGGAGCUCCGUACGGUUACACGCCGUUCUGCGAGAGCCGGAGGGAGAUGGACGGCUAUCGCUUCUGGAAGUCCGGCUACUGGGCGAGUCACCUCGCUGGGCGCAAAUACCACAUCAGCGCCCUGUAUGUGGUCGACCUGAAGAAGUUCAGGAAAAUAGCUGCAGGAGAUCGACUCAGAGGACAAUACCAGGGGCUCAGCCAAGACCCCAACAGCCUUUCAAACCUCGACCAGGAUCUGCCCAACAACAUGAUCCAUCAGGUGCCCAUCAAGUCUCUGCCUCAGGAGUGGCUGUGGUGUGAGACCUGGUGUGACGACACCUCCAAGAGGAGCGCCAAGACGAUAGACCUGUGUAACAACCCCAUGACCAAGGAGCCCAAGCUGCAGGCUGCGGUAAGGAUCGUGGCCGAGUGGACUGACUAUGACCAGGAGAUAAAACGUCUGCAGACCAGAGUCCAGGCGGGAGUAAACAACACAAAGAAACAGAAAGGCACAGGCACAGGCACAGGCACAGGCACAGAUGUUCACAUAGAGCUGUGAGGAUCCUGAAGCAGCUGUGACGAGGCGGUGAACUGGACUCUGUUUAAAGAGUCUGCUUCAUGAAGAGAGGCUCCUCUCCUGCCUUUGGGGACUGCUGGCACACUGACCACAAACCAGUGCGGCAUGGUUUUGUUUCUGUUCUUUUUAUAACGUGUGAAGGGGAGUCAAAGCGGUCAGGUUGAAGAGGUUUUUCUGUGAGCGUGUGUGCAAGUGGUGAGAAUGUGUUUUGUGAAGCGAUUCGUGGAUAUACUGUUUUUUUCUCUCCGGUAUAGUUUUAUUUCCCCUGUAAUAGAUGUCAGUCUGUACGUUUGCACUGAUGGGAUUCUGGUUCAGGCUGUGAUCGGACCACAAAGGGAGGAGGACCUUAGAAAUCGUGCUGCUGGUUAACUUGGGUUUUAAUCUGACAAGCUGAACAUUUGGUGUUGGGAGGGGUUUCAGCUCACUGACGGGAAGAAGGGCACGGUCACACAUGAGCAUAAUUAACUUUAGCGAAUAUUUGCCCCCGUUCACUUCCAUUCAAUACGAGUGAAGGCACGAAUAAAAGAUACACUCCUGGUAUCUUUGCGCUGCAUGGAGUUCAACUUUAGUGAAGUCGCAGCCUCAACCAACAGCAAACAAGUACGGGUGGAAGAGACGUUGACUGUUGCCAUGUUUAUCCAGCUGUUGUUGUAUGGUAAUGGACAUGAAAAAUACAAACUGCCCCACAUGAGAUGCUACCUGGCUGACAGAGAGUUAGGAGACACACGGAAUGUAAGAAAAAGAAUGUACCACUGACAUCAUAUUAAUAGCAAGCCUGCUAACAUUAGCUAGCUAGCUUGCUUUUCAUGUGCCUCACACCCAGACCUGCCCGCAUUCAACACAGUUAUGGCCUCAGCAGGCGAUUGCUCAUAUGUGACCGUACCCUGAGGUUUUUGGGCCUUCCUUUAAAUUUAUAACGGGCACAGGUGGAUUUACACUUGUAUUUUACAGAGUCCAUAUGGUGAACAGUCAUUGAUCAUUUGCCAAUUUUCACGCCCUAACACAAGAGCUGGGCAACAUGUUGGAAAUCAGUAUCAUGACAUCCGUAAGGUUUUUUAAAUCGAUACAGCAAGUUAAUGCAAAAUAACACUGGUGUUAAGGGAAGUGAUGGACCCACUAUGCAUAUCUUUUUAAUCUCAAACUAUAGUGCCCAACUUAACUUAGAAGCACUUAAAGGGAUUGUCUUGAUUGUUUUUUUUGUUUGUUUUGGAAGUGGAGUUGUAUGAGGAACUUACCCAGAGUGCCAUUAUGGAAGCUAAGCAAUGUACUGCUGUUGAUGGAGACAGCAGCAAAACAUAUUUUAACCACCUUAAAAAGAAAAAAAAUAAAUAACAGUUGAAGUGCACGCUAUAUUUAGAAUAUUUUCUCAGCUUUCCUCAGCUCUACCUUGUGGCUGAAAGGGAACAGAAACAGUUAUCUAGGCUCUCUUCAAAGCCACAAGACGCCUUUGACAAAUCAGUAAUUUUACCUCACUAAACACAGGAGCUGCUGGUCUACCACUGUCUCAAUUGGUUCGCUUGUUUGUGUUAUUUUGAGUGCAAACUAACCCUUUAAAACACAGAAGUCACACAAUAAAACAAACAAACAAACCAAUCGAGGCAGUAGUAGACCAGCAACUCCCGUGGUCUGCAAGGUGAAAUUGCUGUUUUUGUCAAAGGAGUUUUGUGGCUUUGAAGAGAGCAUAGAAAACUACUUCAGUUUCCUGUCAGAAAGUGCUGUCUUAAAGCGGGGAAAAUAUUCUAAAUAUAGCGAACACUUCAACUGAUAUCGCAUAGCUUUCUGUCUUCUUCUCCACACUGCAGGUGUGCCGACCUCCCUUAACUGUAGAUAACACACUGACUAUGGAUACGUUCCUCAUACAAGCCCACUUCAAAAGAUCCCUUUAAACAGAUUGUGUAUGAAGUUUAGAAAUGAAUGGCAACACUGUUAAUGAUGUUUACACUCAUCAUUAUGAAUCUGACAUGAAAAUUGAGCACAAAAUCAGCAGGCUUGAAUGACUCCCCUGUUUCUGUGGAAUAUAAAUGUCACUGUGACUCUCAGGGAAAGGUGUUUGAAGCUUGUGUGGGUUGCAGCAUAAAAUCAAAGAGGGGCGAGAGUUUGUGGUACUGUAAGGGAAGAGCAGCCAUGACAUUAGAGUUUAGCUGAAAAAUAUCUGAAUUUCUGUUUCUUGGUAACAUCCAUGGAUUUGUCAUUAUCAUCCUGUUUUGGCUGUCGGUUUUUGUUAAAUAAAAAUCCCCAAUUAAAGUGG